AUGGUUAAGGACACAAAAUUCUAUGAGAUACUCGGGGUCGACCCCUCGGCUUCAGAGGCUCAACUGAAGUCAGCCUACAAGAAGGGCGCGCUCAAACACCACCCAGACAAAAACGCCCAUAACCCUGAUGCGGCCGAUAAAUUCAAAGAACUCUCCAAAGCCUACGAAGUCCUCUCUGAUCCGCAAAAGCGGUCCAUCUACGAUCAAUAUGGCGAGGAGGGUCUAGAACAAGGUGGCAUGGGCGGCGGCAUGGCUGCGGAGGAUCUCUUUGCCCAGUUCUUCGGUGGCGGCGGCGGCGCUUUUGGCGGCAUGUUCGGGGGUGGCAUGCGCGACACUGGCCCGAAGAAGGCCAGGACCAUCCAUCAUGUCCACAAAGUCUCCCUGGAGGAUAUCUAUCGCGGCAAGGUCUCCAAGCUCGCCCUACAAAAGUCGGUCAUCUGUCCAGCCUGUGAAGGCCGAGGCGGCAAAGAAGGUGCCGUCAAGACCUGUACAGGCUGCAACGGUGCCGGUAUGAAGACCAUGAUGCGUCAAAUGGGUCCCAUGAUCCAGCGUUUCCAGACCAUCUGUCCCGACUGCCAGGGAGAAGGCGAGAUUCUCCGAGAUCGCGAUCGUUGCAAGCGCUGCAUGGGCAAGAAGACGAUUGUGGAGCGCAAAGUCCUUCACGUGCACGUCGACCGUGGGGUCAAGAGCGGGCAUAAGAUCGAAUUCCGCGGCGAAGGUGACCAGAUGCCAGGCGUUCUUCCGGGCGACGUGGUGUUCGAGAUCGAACAGAAGCCGCAUCCUAGAUUCCAGCGCAAGGAGGACGACCUGUUCUACCACGCUGAGAUUGACCUGUUGACUGCGCUGGCUGGUGGUCAGAUCUUCAUCGAGCAUCUGGAUGACCGAUGGGUGACCGUCAACAUCCCUGCCGGCGAUCCUAUCACACCUGGUAUGGUGAAAGUGAUUAAAGGUCAAGGUAUGCCAUCGUUCCGGCAUCACGACUUCGGUGACCUCUAUGUCCAAUUCGACGUCAAGUUCCCCGACAAGACCCAGCUACAGAACGUCGCUAUGCUCGAGUCGGUGCUGCCGCCGCGUCCGCAACAAACCCUGCCUCCUCCCGACUCUAUGGUUGAGGACUUUGAACUGGCAGAAGUCGACGCCCGCCAGCAAGCACGUGCGCACGGAGCCAACGAUGACGAUGACGAAGAUGUUCCCCCGGGCGCAGAGCGAGUCCAAUGUGCAUCGCAGUAA